AGCACUUUGAAGAUCAGAGGGAGGGGAGGUGUGUGCGUGUCUGUGUGCGGGUUCAUGCGCACUGGCGCGGUGCGCUCUCAAGCCGCGCGGACAGAGCGCCUGGAAAUAAAAAGGAGGGGAGAGAAUAAAAAAGUCCACAGAUCUCUCCCUCUAUAUAUAUUUAUAUAUAAGGAGGGGAGGGGCGUUUUUCAUGCUGGUGAAGGCAUCAUUUCCUGGGGGGAGGACGGAGGCGCGCGGAGUGCGGUGAGAAGCGCAGGGACCUGUUGAUCGUCUAAUGGCGCAGCGGAGCAAACCAACUGGCUUGUGUGGCAUCUAACGUAAAUUUGGACCAAUUGGAGGAAUGGAGAUGAUGGAUACUCAGUGUGCCUUGGAAGCCGUGGAGCGGCUGCAAGCCAAGCUGAAGGAGAGAGGCGAGGCCCCCACCCAGGAGAAACUGUCCCUGCUAAAGACCGUCCUGCAGAGCCCCUUGUUCCUCCACAUCCUCAGCUUACAGCAAGCUCAGCGGAACCCCCCGGCCAAGGGAAAGAACAUCUCCAAGUCUAUAUCCAUGAACUGUGGCCCAUGUCCAGGUUUAAAUUUUGGUUCAAAGGCACUAAGCCACAGUGACUCGUAUACAUGGGCCGUGGAGAACCGGAGGUCCAGCAACACCAGAUCUUUGCAGAGGGAAGGCAGCCAUUCUUCUUUAGGUUCCCACGAGCUGCCCUUCUCUGACAUUUUUCCAGACAACUACACACAUGUCGAGUCUCAGUACUGCACUCCUCCCCGAAUUUCCCGCACCAUGUCGAUGGGGAGAAACCUUUCUGCCAUUGCACAUGAGAGGCGACAUGUGGAGAUCAUAGAGCUGGCCAAUGAUGGCAAAGGUCUUGGCUUUGGCAUAAUAGGAGGACGCGCCUCAGGAAUCAUGGUCAAGACCAUUCUUCCUGGAGGAGCAGCUGGAAGGGAUACUCGUCUGCGAAGCGGAGACCAGAUCCUGCGCAUCGGUGACACGGAUUUAGCGGGCAUGAACAGCGAGCAAGCAGCACAGGUUCUGCGAAAUGCUGGAAGCAAGGUGAAACUGCUCAUCGCCAGGAAUGUUACCAAGGAUAAUCACCUUUCCUCUCCCGUCCUCAGCCAGGACAGCUUGGAUGACAAGAUCACUGACUUGAACGAUGACUACGAGUUCAGUCUGCAGUUCACUAAAAACAGCCGAGGCUUGGGAUUCACCAUAUCCAGCUAUGUGGGAGACCUAAACUCAGUCUAUAGUGCUGGUGUGAUGGUGAAGAGCAUAGUGAAAGGCAGCACAGUUGAUCAGGAUGGACGGAUGCACAUCGGAGACAUCAUCCUGUCUGUAGACGGCGUGAGCUUACAGGGCUGCAGUGAACAGCGGGCCAUGGAGGUACUCCGGCGGACGGGACCUCUGGUCCGACUCAGGUUGUUGAGGAAAGCCGAGCGUCUGAGUCACAGUUUUCCCCAGGAUCCUCCUCUGCAGCAGCCCCUCCGUCACUCCCACAGCUUCCACGAAAGCAGCGCCUUCAAGGCCGGCCUCGGCAAAAUUCAGGAGACAGGAAUCUGCUCUCUGCGUGAAAUCUCCCGGCAAGCGGCGUACGCCAGCAGACGACCUCGCCACGAUUUCAAAGACGGUGCAAAACUGAGUCCUGAAGACGAAGAAAACCUGCGGAAGAGGUGGCAGCAUGCUGUCGGGCCACGAUAUGAAGUCACUGUUUGCCAGCUUCAGCGGUUCAGUGAAACAAGCGGUCUGGGUAUCAGUCUAGAAGCUCGGGCGGGACAUCACUAUCUGUGCUCCAUCUUACCCGAAGGACCUGUUGGCCAAAGUGGCAAAAUCUUCAUCGGUGAUCGGAUACUGGAGGUUAAUGGGGUCCCUCUCGUCGGGGAGACCCAUAAGGAGGUGGUCAAUAUUCUGAAAGAAUUGCCGAUGUCUGUAUACCUCGUGUGCUCUCGCAUCGUUCCCCCUUCGAUUCCGGAGAGUGAAGAAGAUGAUGACAAUGAAGUUCAACUCAGUCUCAAAGAACUGCUGGCUGAGUUCAAUGACAAGCUGGACCAGGGCUGUGUUAUCCCCUGCCCCACUGCAGAGGACAUUACUAAGCGAGGUGUGCCCCCAAUGUCGCCGCCUCUCGCCAUGUGGGAAAAAGAGGCCCAAGUUGUGGAGCUGGAAAAAGGAGAGUUGGGCCUGGGCUUUAGCAUCCUGGACUACCAGGAUCCAGAAGAUGCAACCAAAACAGUUCUCAUCAUUCGAUCUUUGGUCCCUGGAGGCGUCGCAGAUCGAGACGGCCGUCUUCUCCCUGGUGAUCGAUUGAUGUUCGUCAAUGAGACCGAUCUAGAGGGCUCCAGCCUGGAUUAUGCUGUCCAUGUCCUGAAGUCCACUGACUACGGCCCAGUCCGCAUCGGUGUUGCCAAACCUCUGCCGCUGGAACUGUGUGGCGGCUUGACCCCCAUUUCAGAGAGGAGCACGCGGGCUUCGUGUGAUGACACUGACAGCCACACUCAGGUCAGCCUGCUAGCUGAAGCAGCUGAGGAUAACACCAACACCACAGCUUGGACCCCAGAAGACACCAGCUUUAACCAGCUGUGUUACACGGAUAACCAACUUCAUCAUCGCUUUGGCGUCAUGGAAGAGGACAACAAUCAGCAAGCCCCGCCUCUCCCCGCCCGCACAAGCUAUGAGAGGACAAUCACUGUUGUCCGGGGCAACCGUAGCCUUGGCAUGUCGGUGAGUGCUAUCAAGGACGGCUCAGGCAUGCUGGUGCGCAGUGUGGCCCAGGGGGGCUCGGUUUGCCAUGAUGGUAGGCUGGGGGUGGGGGACAUCAUCUUGGCUAUCAACAGAGAACCGACGUCCAACUUGACCAGCGCUCAGGCCAGGGCCAUGCUUCGCCGAAACUCUGUCAUGGGGCCCGAGAUGAGCAUAACAUACGUCCCAGCCCGUCAGGUGGAUGAACACCGAGCCCGUCUGUGUCUGCCCCCUCUGGCGUCCAUCCCGACAGACAGCGCCUCCUCCUCUCCCACUCUGCCGUUCGCCCCUCCUGAGCCGGCGCCCGCCUCAGUCAGGUCUUCCUCUCCCCCAUCGUCACUGCCGCUCCGACCGUCCGCCUCGGUCAAGAUUAAAGCAGUGACUCCAGAUGCGGCUGCCGUCAGGAGCUCCGCCUCUUUCAGCGGUCCCAUCAAAGGUCCUGCUGUUGUCCCAAAAAUCAGCCCGGCCUCAGACUCAAGUUGGCAGAUUCCCAGGUCCCAGCUCCUUCAGAAAAAAGAAGAGGAUGGAGAAACUCUGCGGGAGAAAGAGGAUGAGAUGAAAGCCGGACGAGUGGAGAUAAGGAGGGAUGGUAAAGAGAAGCCUGAAGAAAAACUUAGCUCUCCUGAUUCAGCGUCCUGGGAUCAACCUCGAAGCGUGAGGCUGACUCGAGCGGUGGGCCAGUCCCUGGGUAUCAGCAUAAUGGGAGGCAGAGGCAUGGGCCGCAGACUAAGCAGCGGCGAGAUGAUGAGGGGUGUCUUCAUCAAGCACAUCAGCCCUGACAGCCCAGCAGCACAUAAUGGCACCCUCAGGGCUGGAGACAGGAUACUAGAGGUUAGUGGAGUGGACCUAAGGGGCGCCAGCCAUGAGGAGGCGGUGGAGGCCAUCCGCAGGGCAGGAGAUUCUGUGGUUCUCCUGGUCCGGUCCGGACAGGACAGGUGUCAGUCUCCUUCUCCAAUAUGUCGAACACCGACUCCUCAGUCAAACUCCCACAGCAGUAAGGAAGAAGAAGCAGUCAGCAGUUUGUUCCUUAGUGUCUCCCCUAGAAACCCCUUCACUCCCACACCCUUUAAGGCGCCCUCGCCGACAUCCGACAGAACGGAUCGGAGGAGUCCCGUAAAUGCCACAGCGGCAGUGACGGCGGCGGCGGCGGCUGAAGUCGGGGACGACGCCUGCAGGAAAAAGAUGCUCCAGCGCUAUGGCAGUCUGUCCGGAAAGCUCCACAUGAUCGAGCUGGAUAAGGACCCGGCGGUUCCCGGUCUGGGAAUCAGUUUGGCGGGGAGUAAAGAUGGCUCCAGGGCCCGCUUAAGUGUAUGUGUGGCAGACAUCGACCCCCAGGGGCCAGCCGGCCUGGACGGGCGGAUACAGGUUGGGGAUGAACUCCUGGAGAUCAACGGUAAGAUUUUGUACGGCAGGAGUUACCAAAACGCCUCCACCAUCAUCAGUAACGCACCUUCUAAAGUCAAGAUCGUUCUCAUCAGGAAUAAAUCAGGUAGAGUUAUAAAAGAGAACAGGACCGAGGGGGAAGACGUAACCGACUCCCAGCCAGACCCAGUGGAUGAGGAAGAAUCAUCCAGUGACCUCAAUCGCAUCGUUCUCACUCAGGACCACACUGGUUUAGGGAUUUGUCUCGAAGAGGACCCUUCCAAAGGGGUGGUAGUUGGCUCUCUGAUCCAGGACGGAAAUGCUAGUGAGGACGGAAGGAUAAAAGUUGGAGACCGACUCAUAGAAGUGGGGGAUGAACCCGCUGCUGGGCUAUCGGUGGAAAAGGUGUCCGGUUUGAUCUCCAAACAGCAGGUCACUGUAAACCCCUCCAUCACUCGCUCCAAGAGUCCCCUUUCUCCUCCCCCUUCACCCCUUCCCUCCUGCGUCACCCUGCCCUCCUCCCCAUCUCCUGUAUCUCCAAUCACUCCCCCAACCCCCCCAUCAGAGCGCUCGAGUUUGCUCACCUGCUCGUCCCCCUCAAGCUGUGACCCUGUAAGCUGCCCGGUGGUCGCUGGAAGGGAGACGAUCAUAGAGAUCUGUAAAGGAAACGUGGGCCUAGGGCUGAGCAUCGUGGGAGGAUGUGACACUCUGCUGGGGGCAGUAAUCAUCCAUGAAGUGAAUGAUGGAGGUGCAGCACAGAGAGAUGGAAGACUGCAGGCUGGAGACCAGAUUUUAGAGGUAAAUGGAAUCGACCUGCGGCAGGCCACGCACGAUGAAGCCAUCGCGGUGCUGCGGCUCACCACCCAGCGAGUCCGGCUGUGCGUCUUCAGGCACCAGGAGGCCUACAGGGAGGAGGACCUGUGGGACGUCUUCAGCCUGCAGCUCAGUCCCCGUCCCGGAGAGGGGCUGGGGUUCACCACUGUGGGGAAGAGCAACGACACGGGCGUCUUUGUGUCAGACGUCGUCAGAGGGGGCGCGGCGGAUUUGGAUGGCAGGUUAUUGCUCGGUGACCAGAUCCUGUCGAUCAAUGGGACGGAUGUCCGUGCUGCAUCGCAGGAUCACGCACAGAAGCUCCUCCAGAGCUGCGGCGGCGCCGUCCUCCUAGAAGUGGCUCGUUUCAAAGCAGGGGUGCAGUACUCACGGCAGAGUCAGGAUUACGCUAAAUUCUGCUUCAUCCAGCAUGAAGACUCCGAUUGCUCCACCUUGACACCCCCAAGUGGAAGCGAUACGCCCUCCAGAAGAGCACACAGCAAAGCCCAGAGCUCCUCAUCUCAAGACCCUGAAGUCAGGAACGUAAUCGUGCAAAAGGGUCCCUGUGACUCGCUGGGCAUCAGUAUAGCUGGAGGAGUGGGCAGUCCCCAUGGCAACGUGCCUCUUUUUAUUGCUACCAUGGAUACUAAUGGACUGGCUGCCAAAACAGAGAAAUUACAGACAGGAGACAGGAUCCUCAGCAUCAACGACGUGUCCACCGAGGGGAUGACUCACGAUGAAGCCGGGGCGCUGCUGAAGAACGCCGCCGGAAGCAUCACCCUGCAGGUGACAGCAGGCUCUGGUGGCAGCGGCGGCGGCAGACAGUCAUCGUCGAGUCAAUCUAGCAGCCUGACCUGCUUUCACAACAACCUCUGCCCUCGCAAGUAUAAGACCGUCACUCUGGAGCGAGGCUCAUCGGGUCUGGGGUUCAGCAUUGUCGGGGGCUUUGGCAGUCCUCAUGGAGACCUGCCCAUCUAUGUCAAAACUAUCUUCAACAAGGGAGCGGCGGUGGAGGACGGCCGGCUCAAACGUGGCGAUCAGAUCAUCGCCGUGAACGGACAUUGUUUGGAGGGAGUCACUCACGCUGAAGCUGUGGACAUUCUGAAGAAGACCAAGGGAACUGUAGUCCUUACUUUACUCUCUUGAAACACAACUGCGAGCUACAUUGAAGCUACGUACACACCGGGCAUGUGGUGUUAGCCUUUGGAGUUAGCACAAGUCUGUGGCUACCUGAUGCUAGCACAUGUUGGAAGAGGUUUGGAGCGGAAUGUCUCUAAUCUUGCUUCAGGAUUUUUAUUCUCAAUUCCGAUAUAUGAAAGACUGAUAUAAUUUUGACAAACUGCAAUAGUGAAUUUCCCCUUCGUGAUCAACGUUCAAACAGUUGGUACUUCUGUGUUUUGAAAAGGACACUACACCACCACAGUCACUGAUUGGACAAAGUUCAACUGGUGAGUUAAAAAGACUUGAGCAGCUUUGAGUGAACACAAGAGAUUUGAAUGUGAAAGCCCCAAAUACAUAUAUUUCAUAUUUUUUUCUUUGGAAGCGGUCGGUCAAACACACGUUUCCGAGCCUGCUGUGAACGUAGCAUACAGACAAAAAGAGAAGUGUCUCUACUCACAAUGUCUGCGUAUUCAGAUUUAGGGAAACUACCUCCAGAGGCUGCACAGGCAGAGUCAACAUAUUAAAAGUUAUUCAAAGUUAUCUGAUUAUGAUGGUUGAAUUUUCCUACCUAAGUCAUUUAAAAGUAUUUAUUUAGAAAAAAACAAUAAUCAAAUGUGCAGUUUUUCCUGUUUUUGACCCGGACAUGCCAAGUGCUUCUGCCAAUCUUUUAUAUGGCAAUAAGGUUUCAGGACUUUGUUUUUCUUUACAUUCUAAAUAGUGAAGAUCUUGUUUCUGUUUAUGAACGACGCUCGUCUCAUGAUGAUAAUUGCGAAUGAUUACUACCUUAUGUUGAGCAGAUGGAGUCGGAAACACAUUUCUUGAAAUCUGUUUAAAGCUUUUACUCAGUCCAUCUUGCUUUUUUUAUAGUUUUGCUCAUCUUUUUUAGCACUUCUAGUAGAAUUGAUAAAACCUUUUCUUUAUUUUGAAGCCUUCUCAUUCGCUUUUUGUAUUACCUUCAUUACGCCGUUUCCUCGUUGCAGUUUAUCUUAUUUAAAGACAUGUAACAUUGCAU